AUGGUCAGUACUAUUACGAACGGUACAUUCAUACUGAGGCGAACUGUCCUGAUCGAAUACUCCAAAGAGAUCAAUCCUCUGGUCGACGACUUCUCCGACAUGCGCAACACACUAAAAGAACCGCUUGCUCGAUAUAUGUCGCAGUUUCCGAAAGUGAAGAUUUUACGGAUGGAGAAACGAGAAGGACUGAUUCGCGCGCGGUUGCGCGGUGCGGCAAUUGCAGAGGGAAAGGUGCUGACUUACCUCGAUUCGCACUGCGAAUGCAUGGAAGGAUGGAUCGAACCAUUAUUGGAUCGAAUCAAGCGAAAUCCGACCACGGUAGUGUGUCCUGUGAUUGAUGUCAUCGACGACAAUACCUUUCAGUACCACUACUCAAAGUUCAAUUGGCAUCCAAUUCCUGAACGGGACAGGAAGUUGCGUUCAAGGGCUAUCGAUCCCGUCAGGUCUCCGACAAUGGCUGGCGGUCUUUUCUCUAUCGAUCGAGCAUAUUUUGAAAAACUCGGUACCUACGAUCCGGGUUUCGAUAUCUGGGGAGGAGAGAAUCUGGAGCUGUCAUUCAAGAUAUGGAUGUGUGGCGGAACACUGGAAAUUGUCCCAUGUUCUCAUGUUGGGCAUAUUUUCCGAAAGCGGUCACCUUACAAAUGGAGAAGUGGAGUUAAUGUACUGAAAAGGAAUUCAGUUCGAUUAGCCGAAGUAUGGUUGGACGAUUACAAGCAGUAUUAUUAUGAACGGAUCAAUAAUCAACUGGGUGAAAUUGGCGAUAUUACUGAGCGUAAGAAAUUACGUGAACGUCUUGGUUGCAAGUCGUUCAAAUGGUACCUUGAUAACAUUUUCCCAGAGUUAUUCAUUCCUGGUGAAUCGAUUGCUAAAGGAGAGAUUACCAUCUUGUUCCAUGAUCCAAUCAGUAUUACUGAGUCGGAGAUGGGAAAAUGCAAGGCAUAG